AUGUUGUUCAGCAUCAUUUGCACCAUCUUUUUCGAGUGCCGCGGGAGCCUCAGUUUUCGGUUUCUCAGUGAUUUUGAUGGAGGUUCCGUGCUAGCCACGUCCUCUUCCGCGUCCCCAACUGGCCGGUCCCGCGCGCGGGCCCGGCCUUUGGCGCUGGAAUGCCGCUCGGUGUCCCCACAUCGCAUUGAGGCGCCUGCCCCGGCCGCCCCGGCCGCCCCGGCCUCCCCGUCUCCAGUCCCAUGUGUGGCCUCCGGGGAGCGGCACCCGGUGUCGCUGUCGCACCGCGGCUCCUUGCGAUCGGUGCUGGAGGACGAUGGCCUGGCUGAUGCGCCCUGCAGUCCAUCAGAGCUGCCAGUGAGGAGCUCCCAUACCCUGCCAAGCGCCAGGCCGAGGGUAAGGGCGCUGUCGGCCUUGUCCUCAGAGCUGUCGCUGAAGUCGGAAAAUUUGACGGGAUUUGAGAGACCCGAAUCUCCGAGCCCCUUCCGCGACGACUUCCGCAUGCUCCCGGCCGCCGGCGUGGCGGUGAUCUUCUUCGACUUCGACGGCACGUUGACGGCCACGCCCGGGGACCGCGCGGCGCGGAGGACCAAACAGCUGGAACUUUGUGAACGCGCCGCCAUGCUGGGACCAAGGUUGAAGAGUCUAAGGGCGGACGGAGCAUCGUUGGGGAUCAUCUCCAAGAGCACUGAGGGCACCAUCCGCAGUGCUUUAGACGCCGCGGAGCUCAGCAAGUUCUUCGAUGCGCCGCUGGUGGGCAAGGCCGUGGGCUUCGAGGGCAAGGCAGGUUUCAUCGAAGAUCUCGCCUUGAACGGAUGUCUCCCCAGACUGGGUUCAACCGUGAAGCACGGUGUACCUUUCAGCCGCAUCCUGCUGGUGGAUGACGAUCUGCUGGAGUUGGAACGGUGCAAGGCGCGUGGCAUCCAGGUCUAUGCUGCUCCUGAAGAGGGUGGUCUUCAAGAUGAGGAUUUUGAUGCCAUCAGUGAAGCCUUGCGCAUCCCGCGCCCCCGCAGCCACCCCGUGCGCAGCGCGCUGCCCGGCGCCCUGGGCUCCGCCCGCCUGGGUUCCGCCGCAACGGCGAGCCUCGGCACGGCGUCCUGGAACGAUGGGGAGCGGCGGCUGUCGCGGUGCCGCUCCGCGGUGCCGGUGGGGCAACGGGAGGUGCGGCUGCCGUCCAUUGGAGGACGCUGGAAUGGCAAGACGAGGCCAACGAGAAUCUUGUUCUCUGGUGAUUGUUACGACUGUUUUGGCGAGGACUUCACUGCCACGAGCGAGGGCUCACGGCUGAUGUCCCAAAGGAUGCUGCGCGAGCACAGCAGUGUGAUGUCUGCCAGGGGAAACGAGUGCUGGGCUUUUGGGCAAAGGGAUGAUGUCAGAGAUGGUCGCAGCCAAGGUGAACGGCACGUGGAGUUACCCUUGCUGGAGACUGACGGCGACAAAACGCCUAUGGAGCGAGUGCUCACAAGGGAACAGGACGUUGAAGAUAUGGGCCUGAAAGACCUAGAAGCCGCUGUCAGGAGCGUCCAAGUGGAUUUCUCCCAUUUGCCUGAGGAAAAGAAGGAACUCGCCGCGGAAGAUCGCUUGAUCGACAGCAAAACGGUGGAGGCCGAAUAUGCCGAGCAGGUGACCGAACUCACCAGGGAACUUCAGAAUUUGAACCCCAACAUGCGUGCAAUGGAACAGUGUGAAGUUGAAGAGUCCAAGUUGCAGGACAUUAGGCAGCAAGCAGAUGUGGCCAGCAUCGAAAGUCAACGAAUUCUGCGAGAGUUCGAAGCUGUUAAGGAAAGGAUCAAUCCGUACUAUUCAGAGUUAACCUCCUACGACGGCUUCGCCGGUGGUUCCGCCUACUUAGACCUGGACGAUCCAGAGGAACCUUACAACGGAGGUAUCACCUUCACGGCCUGUCCUCCUGGCAAAAGGUUUUUCCCCAUGGAACUCCUCUCUGGAGGCGAGCGCUCGAUGGCGUCUAUGGCGCUGCUGUUUGCCAUGCAUUCGUUCCAACCACCUCCAUUCAUGAUCCUGGAUGAGGUGGAUGCCCCGUUUGACAAGAAAAACACCUCCUCCCUGGUGAACUAUUUGAAAAAGAUGGACUUUCAGUGCGUGGUGAUCUCCCUGAAGGCCCGGCGUUGCCGGCGGCGCUUCGGGUGA